UUCCAAAUUCAAUACUCAUUUUCCCUUUCUUCUCUUACCCUUUUGACACUUUCUUCUCCGCUUCCUCUGCUACGGCCAUGGCGGAUAGAGUCCACCCGAACGCCGCCGGUAAAAAAGCCAGUGCCAAUGCCAAUUCCAAUUCCGACGACAAUAUUAACCCGACGGCCAACGCGCCACCCUUCCCAUCCACCAAAUCCCAACUCUACGGCGCUUCCCGUCCCACCUUCCGUCCUCAGCCUCAUAAUCGCCGCCGUUCCACUUGUUGCUCAAUCUGCGUCUGGUUGACAGCGAUCAUCGUCACCGUAAUCGUCCUCAUCGCCGUUGCCUCCACCGUCGUAUACCUAAUUUACCGUCCACACCGCCCGUCCUUCUCUGUUACGGCUCUCAAAAUCGAUUCCUUCAAAUUUACGCCUAAUUCUCAACUCAAUUCCAAAUUCGACCUAAAUCUCGCCGCUACAAACCCUAACAAGAAAGUCAAGUUCAUUUACAGUCCAAUUUCCGUCGCCAUCUCGUCGAACGGCAUCGAUCUCGGCGACGGAUCGUUCCCUGAGUUCGUGCACGAGAAGAGAAACAUCACGGCGAUGAAGGUGACAGCGAUAAGUGGUGGCGGAGAGAUCGAAGGCGAGCCAGUCGAUUCGUUGAAGGCUGCGAUUAAGAGCAAAGCCGGAUUGCCGUUGGAGAUUAAGGUGGAGACGAAAGUGAAGGUGAAAAUGGGAUGGUUGAAAAUGCCGAAGGUUGGACUUAAAAUUCUUUGCGACGGAAUUACGGCGGGCGUUCCGACGGCGAAGAAGAAGACGGCGGUUCCUGCGGCGGUGGAUAAUGCAGAGUGUAAGCCGAAAGCGGAAAGGGAAGGCGUUCUCUCACUCUCUAUCUGGACUCUGUGGCCAUUCCCGGCGAUGUAUCGAGUAGUUUCCAAAUUAGCUUCCUCAACGUCGAGAAAACUCGUAUGUAGCAGGGUAACGAGCAGCAGAAGUUAUGCGGCGAAGGAUAUCAAUUUUGGGAAUGGGGCUCGUGCCGCUAUGCUCCAAGGUGUCUCAGAGAUUGCUGAAGCGGUUAAAGUGACAAUGGGACCAAAGGGUCGCAACGUAAUUAUUGAUAAAAGUCACGGCAGCCCGAAAGUCACAAAGGAUGGCAUUACUGUAGCCAAAAGUAUCCAAUUCAAGGACAAGGCUAAAAAUGUUGGGGCAGAUCUAGUAAAGCAAGUUGCGAGUGCCACAAACACUGCCGCUGGAGAUGGUACAACUUGUGCAACUGUUCUGACUCAGGCCAUUCUCACCGAAGGUUGCAAGUCAAUAGCUGCAGGUGUUAGUGUGAUGGAUUUACGCAUUGGUAUCAAAACAGCAGUUGAUGCUGUUAUCUCUGAGUUGAAAAGCAGAGCAUUGAUGAUAAGUACCCCAGAAGAAAUUACUCAGGUUGCCACUAUUUCCGCAAAUGGUGAACGUGAGAUUGGAGAAUUGAUAGCAAGGGCAAUGGAGAAAGUUGGAAGGGAAGGAGUGAUUACUGUUUCUGAUGGAAAUACUCUGGAGGAUGAACUGGAAGUGGUGGAAGGAAUGAAGCUAGGCAGGGGUUUUAUUUCUCCUUAUUUUAUUAACGAUCAAAAGACCCAGAAGUGUGACCUAGAAAACCCUCUCAUCCUCAUACAUGAAAAGAAGAUUUCAGAUAUGAAUUUAAUCCUCAGAGUACUUGAACUUGCAGUAGAGAAGAAGAGGUCACUUCUGGUUGUAGCUGAGGAUGUUGAGAGUGAUGCACUUGCCAUGCUAAUACUUAACAAGCAUCAUGCUGGCCUGAAGGUUUGUGCCAUCAAAGCUCCUGGUUUUGGGGACAACAGAAAAGCAAAUUUGGAUGAUCUUGCUAUUCUGACGGGAGGAGAGGUAAUCACCGAUGAACGUGGUUUAACUCUUGACAAAGUGCAAGUAGAGAUGCUUGGUACUGCAAAAAAGGUUACUGUCUCUCUUGAUGACACAAUCAUUCUUCACGGAGGUGGUGACAAGAAACUAAUUGAAGAAAGAUGUGAGCAGUUGAGGACAACCAUUGACAGGAGUACUGCAAUGUUUGACAAGGAAAAAGCUCAGGAAAGAUUGUCAAAACUCUCUGGUGGUGUAGCAGUCUUCAAGGUAGGUGGGGUAAGCGAGGCAGAAGUUGGGGAGAGGAAAGACAGAGUCACAGAUGCCGUGAAUGCCACAAGAGCUGCUGUGGAGGAAGGAAUUGUGCCAGGUGGUGGAGUUGCCCUUUUGCAUGCUACGAAGGUUCUGGAUGAUCUCCAAGCUCAAAAUGCAGACCAGAAAAGAGGAAUAGAAAUAGUGCAACACGCUCUCAGGGCACCUACAUUUACAAUAGUCUCAAAUGCUGGAUAUGAUGGAGCUUUGGUUCUUGGAAAAUUACUCGAACAGGAUGAUCGUAACUUGGGUUAUGAUGCUGCCAAAGGUGUAUAUGUUGACAUGGUGAAGGCUGGAAUUGUAGAUCCUCUGAAAGUUGUGAGAACUGCUUUAGUGGAUGCUGCUAGCAUCUCAAUGCUGUUGACAACAGCCGAGGCAGCUAUAGUGGAAGAUCCAAAUGAUAAGAACAAGCUUCCAAGUAGAAUGCCAGCAAUGGAUGAUAUGGGCUACUAGGGGAAUUAAUUCAAAUUUGAUUCCAUUACAUGUCUCAAUUUUCAUUGGUAAUUAAUUAGGAAGACUGACGUGAUGGGUUGAUUAUAUUAUACAG